AUGAAUUCAAUGAAAUAUUACAUUAUAUUGGUUCACAUCAUUGUUUUGGCCAAUAGUUUGGCCAACAGUAGCGAUAAAUUGAUUUCCAAUCAAUACUAUGCGCCCAAUUGGGAGUCAAUAGACGCCCGACCGCUGCCCGGUUGGUACGAUAGGGCAAAGGUUGGCAUUUUCAUACACUGGGGUGUCUUCUCUGUGCCAUCGUUUGGCAGCGAAUGGUUUUGGUGGAGUUGGAAGGGAGAGCACGAGGAGGCCUACGACCAGUUCAUGGCGCGUAACUAUUAUCCGGGUUUCACUUACGCCGACUUUGCCCAUCAGUUUACCGCUGAAUUCUAUGACCCCGACUAUUGGGCCGACAUUUUCAAAGCGUCGGGCGCUAAAUACGUGGUACUGACGGCCAAACACCACGAGGGCUACACUAUGUGGCCAUCGAAGACAUCGUUCAGUUGGAAUGCGGUCGAUGUCGGCCCGAAUCGAGACCUUUUGGGUGAUUUGGCCAAAGCUGUCCGCAAAGCGGGUCUACGGUUUGGUGCCUAUCAUUCGUGGUUUGAAUGGUUUAAUCCGUUAUAUAAUGACGAUAAACGCCAUAACUGGACGACUCAGCGCUUCGUCCAAUUUAAAGCGCGGCCAGAACUGGAAGAAUUGGUCAAUACAUACAAACCGGAUGUGAUUUGGUCUGACGGCGAGUGGGAAGCGCUCGACACCUACUGGAAUAGCACCGACUUCUUGGCCUGGCUUUACAACGAGAGUCCCGUGAAAGACACUGUUGUGGUGAAUGACCGGUGGGGUAUAGGCACUUAUUGUAAACAUGGUGGUUUUUAUAGUUGCGCCGAUCGUUACAAUCCGGGUGUACUUCAACUGCACAAAUGGGAGAACGCCAUGACUUUAGACAAGUAUUCGUGGGGUUAUCGACGAGACGCACAGCUCAGCGAUUAUAUAACUACACACGAAUUGGUCACUAUUUUGGCACAAACUGUCAGUUGUGGCGGAAAUCUAUUGAUAAAUAUCGGUCCCACACCUGACGGACGGGUUAUACCCAUAUUUGAGGAGCGUUUACGAGAAUUUGGUUCGUGGCUUGCGGUAAACGGCGAGUCUAUAUACGCGACCAAACCCUGGAAAUACCAAAACGAUACCAUCGCUAACAAUGUUUGGUAUACACAGAGGUGUACGCAUAGGGCGGGCGCUGUGUAUGCGAUAGUACUCGAGUGGCCGCUAAACAAUCGGUUGACUCUCGGAUCCGUUGACAUGAGAAUUGUCGAUACAAUUCAAUUGUUGGGAAUAAAAGGCAAUCUAGUGUUCAAAGGGUCGGGCACUUCAACUGUGGUCACUUUCCCGCAACUUUAUCCCGGAUCGCUAUCGCUCGCGUUUGUUCUCAAAAUUACUACCAAAGUAGCAUUGUACAACCAGUGCAGCAAAAAGUCGGCCAAAUUUGAGUACAUUUUUCGGCUAAAGUGCGGACCCAUUAAGAAGGGGUACGACCGGUACGGAACAGCUCUGAGAAUACAGGUGUUGGGGGUGUCUGACAGACAAUUGGCCGCUUUCACAGUCGAUCCGUCGGUGAUCUCCGCCGCGACCACUGUUGGCACCGAAGAGGGAAGAGAUGUGAAAGAGUUUGUGACCAAAUUCUUAGUGAAACGAAAGCAAGUGAUGACAUCCAUAGUCAGAGUGCGGAUCAACCACUCGAGCAAAGGAUCCCUAUAUGUGAAGACACUGGAGAUACAGACACCCAAUGAGACCAAAGCCAAUGUCGCGUACGUUAACGACUUCAUCGCCAGUCUGUCCGACACUUCGGCGGCAAUCAAACAGACGUAUCCGGCGGCCACUCAAGAGCCGCGUCCGCUCGAGUCGAUGGGCGCCUCGCCAUCGGUGGUGGCGGCCGAAGAACUCUUGACAUUUGUUUGCGACAAAUACCUGUCGAGUGCUUACACUUCACUCGUGUCGAGCGGAGCCGCUGUUAUGGCAUUCAUUCCUCUGGUGUUUGUCUUUAAACUGUGGGUUAAACCCAACGCCGACCCGAAGACUGCCAACUGUUGCAACACUUGUCGAGUGGUUUAUCUGUUUUUCGCGGCACUCAUUGGUCUCGUCGUCGGUGUCUUCGGCGCCGUUUACGCGGCCGUCAAAUGGGAUUCCGGGCUCUGGUUCUGGGCUUUGGCUGUAUUUCUGGCAAACGUUAUAUUCCUAACCAUUUAUCUCCCGAUUCUGUCAAUCAUUGGUUUCUUGUCUUCGGCGCCGUUUACGCGGCCGUCAAAUGGGAUUCUGGGCUCUGGUUCUGGGCUUUGGCUCGAUAGCAAUGAUCAGAAAGUGCCUGAAGUGGACAGAUCUGCACCACCGCCUGCGCGGCCGUCCGCUAAGUCAUCGCAAAAGUUGAAACCCCAGCCCUCGACGACUGCCAUCACUCCGGCGGACGUCUCUGAGAAAGAGAGUGAAAAAUAUCACGAGUUUUUGAUGAAAGAUCACAUGAAAGUGAAAUCCAUUUCACAAUACGGCGGCGUUAAGGACACCAAAGCCAAGGCCGCAGUCACUCCCGGAGCGGACACUAAGACCGACCCAACACAGGCCGACACCGGAGAGAAAUACUAUCAACAGCUGAUGAAGAAUCGCAAAACUGUGAAAUCCAUUUCCAACUAUUGA